GCAAAAUCUGGCGCCGCGGGGCUAUUUCGCCCGCGAGGCUGCAUAAAACAGCUCUCUGGAGUCGUACGCUUACUCUCACAGCUCCUCCAACAAUUCUUACGAACCCUACGGCUUUGGAAGCCACUGCAUAUCAUCUGCCUCGACUACACCUUGCUGCCACACGCGCGCGAUGGAUCACCAGGGCGGGGACCCCGUCGACGCCGCGAUGACGUGGCAGGAACGCGCGGACGACAGCAGAUCGGCGCUCGAUGCGGACGUCGACGACGCGGCGCGGCGGCUCGAGAUGGUCGGCCGCGGCCCCGGGUCUCCGGACAAGGCCGCGAGACCGCGAGACGCUCCUGGCAGCGCGAACAGAAGGCCUCGGAAAAGCGGCGGCGAGAGACCCGACGGCGGCGUCCCGCUCACGCAGGACGCGACGGACGAGGUCCCCCCGCCCAAGUCCCAGUACGAGAUCGAGCGCGACGAGCGCAUCGCGCGGAACGAGGCGUUCAUGCGGUCGCUCGGCCUCGGCGGCGGCCUCGGCGCCGUCGUGCCGGCAGCGCCAGCGCCGGCACCGCCGCCGCCGUGGGCCCGCGCUGGCGCCCCACCGCCCGCGGUCGGCACGCCCGUGCAGGCCAAGGACGACGCGGCCGUACGCGGUGUGGUUUCACUCCGCGGGAGAGCUCGACAGACCCUGGACGUGCGCACGACGAGCGGCACUGUUGUACCGCUCCGGAAGUCGCAACUGGUACCUACGGUCUUGACCGACGACGAGGCCGCGUUCUGCUCGCGCCCUCUGACGCGCGUGGAGUACCUGCAGGCGCAGCUCGACGGCGUGCUUACGGUCAGUUACGCCGGUCAAAGUUUUAGGAACGGCUUCCAGGCGGCCGACGGUACGCCGCGGCGCCAGUUUGAGGCUUUGGUGGAUGGUAGGGUCCGGUGUGCGCUCUGCGACGGCGCGGAUGGUCAGGUCUGGAGGUGGGAGGCGUCGGGCACCGCGAUUCAAACUUGCGCUGAUCGAAAAGACGCGCUCCUCACAACUUUGCGCUUCCACAGCGGCGCAGUUUCUUCCUCGCGUGGUAACUCUGCGACAUGCGCUCAUCUCGCGCGGCUCCUGGCCGCGGCCGGCGUGGAGGCGAAGGCCUCAUCAUCGUCAGAUGAUGACGACGACGCGCCCCCGGUGCCGUCGUUGUUGGGGCGGCCCGGCGCGUCGUCCAUGUCGACCGCGACGGCGGAGCUGGCACCAGGGGACGCAGCCUUAGAAUUGCUGAAGGACGAGUUCCGGCGCGGCGAGGACGACGGCGACUGGGCCCUCAACGAGGACAACUGGUCGGAACGCCCGGGCAUGCUGAUCGAGGCGAGCAACACGUGGCGCAGCUCAGUCAGAGGCGUCGACGUCCCGCUGGCGUCGAUAUUCGCGCCGCGGCGGCAGUGCGCUCCCAACGUGACGCCGCCAGUAGUGAUUGAUUUCGAGGAGCCGAGAAGGCUACGGAGCGACAAGGGGCACGAAAAGCUCUUUGUGCUCGUGCAACAGCUCCCGGACAGCCCUCUCGAUGCAUUACUGGGGAAGCUGCCACCGCUCGAGCUGCGCAGCUCUGGGUUCUCGUCGUCGGAGGAGGACGAGGCGUCGGCCGAGGACGAGGAGACGCCGCGCCGAUUUCUCAUUGGUGAGGACGGCCUAGUAACAAACGCGGCGCCCUGGUAUUUAAAUAUGGCCGCGGCGAGGAAGCCCAAAGCAGAUGAUGCUAUGAUAUUAAGGGAGACGGGGUCGCCUGCUGGUCUGUAUUCUGCGGCUCAAGCGCCGCCGCGGCCGUCGGUCGAGGACUUGUUGCCAUCGGAAAGGGGGACCGAAGGCCGCGAGGCCUACUUGGCAAAGCGCGAGGCGGAAACGCGCCGAGUACAAAAUAUGGCUGCGGAACGUUCCGGCAAUUUGGACUUGGCGGUCUUCAACCAACCAUGUCCACAAGGUUCUGCUUGCACUAGAAAAAACCGUCCCGAUCCAACCGAACGGUGCCGAUACGUGCAUGAACAUACGGAUGAUAGGCCUCUUUUCUACGGAUUUGAUUGUGCGACGGGAGAAUGGUCGGACACGGACUUUAAGAAGGCGUUGGAUUCGGGGGUGAUGCGCGACUCCGUCACCGGCGAACGCGUUACGGUCGGGGUGCUAGGAUACCGGGGCCGCUGCACCAUCACGUUUGCGAAUGGCAACACGGCGUCGCGAUACAUGAAGCAGCUCCGGGUGCCCGGGGAGGACGACUAGAGCUCCGUCGUCUGUAAGCUUGUAAUAUGGAA